AUGCUUGUCAGUACCUAUGAUAAUUCGUCGAGCAGACUCAUGAAGGGGCGUGUCGCACCCUUUGUUCAGGUAGGUCCUCAGUUUUCUGCAUAGCCUGCUUAUUAAAUAAUUCUGUCCUCUCUCUGUCCUCGCAAAUUUGGGGUGAACGGCGGGCUUAUUUGCGGCCGUUUCAGGCCUUCAACGGGCGUUACAGCAGACUGAGGUGAUAUCUUAUGGUCGGUGCAUUGUAUUUGCAUAAACGCACAGGUUCGUUAGCGCAUGCAGUGUUAGCCCAUUGCCUUGCCAUGUUGUAGUGGUUGUUUGACCUAUCACUGGUACCACGUCCCGAAAUUUAUGCGCCCAUUUCUAACGGUCAACAGAUUCUCUGAGCAAACGUCACUUCAGUGGGAUUUAGGAACCAAGUUGUUAUGCAGGCUACCAAGUCUGUUCCAUCUUCUGUACUCAACAGACAGACCCUCACCGAUUCAUAAAAUCAACUCUUCAUUCAUCAACCGAAGUAUCAAAAUUUAGCGACCGUCAUAUUGACAAAAAACUGUUGCUGUCCGGUCUAACGACCUUGUACUCGGAAUCCAUACUUUCCGAGUAAAGUCUUCAUGAUGGCAAAUCGUGCGAGACGACAUUUCAUCCUUCUUCCCUUUUCAUGCGUCUGAUAUCAAGCUCUGCAUAAUUGCCUAGUUUACAUGUUCAGCUGCAUAAACGAAGCGUUAAUCCCACAAUAUCACAAAAUAUUUGCAAUUGUUUGUUCAGUGGGCUGCAUAAAUUGGAAGUUGCUCGGAUUAUACGGUUUUAUGCAGAUAAAUCGAACUUGACUCAUUUUUAUUGGAUCGCAAACUAUGCUGCGCUUUUCUAUUGUUUCCUACCUCUAAAUUUUGUAGCAAGAUACUUCUACCAAUAUUGUGUCUUACCGCGUGCUGGGUCUUAGUAUGGUUUGUGUUUCGCUUUCCUUUAUACACCCUGGUUAAUGUGCCACUGAGUCCGUUCUCGUAUCAUCACACUGUCUCGUCUCUUGCAUAAACAUAAGCGUGACUGCUUCUGUCGUGAAGUCACACUGACCUCCCGAAUCGACUCGAUUGUCUUAAGGUCUCCGCAAGUUUGGGUGUCGGGCGUUUAGGGCAUAGGGGGUGGAAAAGACCCUGAACUGAGCAAGUUGUCAAUUUUUAGUGUAAGAUGCCAGUUUGUACGGAAAAGAGAGCAAUGAAAACUAGGGGGGAAGGGGCUGGUAACCGAACCCUCAGCGAAGUCCAAUUGUGCCACUCAUCUUUCGAAAAGGCCAGGCUUUUGUGAGAGGUUGACCCCAGUUCUGCGCAGUACACAUACGCUUGUGCCUCCUACAGACAGAGUGCGCCUAAGACCUUUGCUAGUCGAGUAUGCGAAUCGCCUCUUCAUGUUCACACUAGGCUCGAUGAGGCGUCAGGUCUUCUACCUUUUCCACCGCUCCCCCCUAUACCGAGUUGGCAACCAUGUAGGUCGUUUAGUUCCAGAAGUCUCAUACACGGCUUACCAGUACUCCAAUGCUGUCUCUCCCCCCAGUUUGUGUGAACUAAGUCGUCCUAUGUAAACGGUGUCAUUUGAGACAACGUAUUGUUUGCAGCCGUGAUUCAUCUGGGAAUCCAGGCAUUAGGGGUACUGACGAACAGACAGCACCCUGCUGCAUAUAAUGCUUCACACUUGUCACAAAAUAACCUUUCUUCCGACUGUAUACACACCAAAAGCGCUUUUAAACUACUCCACCAAAAAAAUCAUCUCAUCAUCUUCCGUCUAUUGCACAAUGUUUUGACCAGCAGUCAUGUGAUUACCUGACAAAAAUGACUCAGGCAGCACAUGCAGGAAGGAGUAAGAUUUUCGCUCUCACCCAAUUAGUGAGCAAUCCUGACCGCACUUAGAAGUAACUUGAUGACUUUAGCGCGGCAAAUAACUCGUUUUAUUGUUGCUUGUACACAUGGUUUACGUCCGCUUAGUAUGUAUCGCCGAAUGGCAUUUAGAUGAUGCUGUGCUUCUAAUAAGGGCAUAUUCGGCAACCUGGGACCUUCGCAACAAGUGGAAAUUGCACCUAUAUGCUCCACGGCAAAACCGACGGUCCACUUUGUUUCGAAACAUCGAUUUCUUCCUAAAACCAUGUUUGUUAGCUCGACGUCUUACCGCAAUAAACAGGCCGUCUCCCAUCAUUUUUCUGUGAGCCAAUAAAGCGGUUAGGUGAGCUGCAUGGUGGUAUCUGGCAAAAGUGGCGUGAAGGAGAAAGUGUUUAAACCCCCUUGACCUCCACAGGUAAGCAUGCAGCUCCGCUGCUUGCCUCCCUCUCUCGAGGAGGUAAUAGACGCCAAACUGUUACUUCCAAAGUUAAGAUUGAAUCCUGAUGACCCCUAUGUUUGACCUCACGGACUCAUUUUCCCCCACAAUCCUUUUACGCCAAGCCUGCAACGGUGGGGUGAAGGACCCCACUUAACUAUCGGUGGACUGUUGAUCGUGUCAUACGGGGACGGUGGUAAUGGGGGUUUUACAAGUGGGGGAGCACGCCAGACAGUAAGCUGACGAAAUGCAAGAACACACAGAAACCGUCUGGAUUUCUACCGAAAGUCUCAUCGUACGCUUUCGUAUGACAACGGACAUAAUUAUCAUUGACAGCGUUAUAUCUGCAGCGGCCUGCAACUGGAUGCCAAGAUAAAACCACAUAUGACACGAUCGCCAGUCUACCGAUAGUUAAGUGGGACACGUCACCUUACCGUUGCACUUAGGCCUUAGUCAUCUGCGAAAAGUGCUUAAGACACCCUAGAAAAUAGGAGCAUCGCUUUCUACGAUAGCCUUCGAGGCACGAGAACCUCAUUUUAUUUCCCCUAGUAGGAUGAAGAUAUGAACAUUUAGGCGAAGUCAACGGACAGUUCGACCACCGUUUCCAAUUAUAUCUACUGCAUGCCUCAGCAGGGGCGGUGAUUUGAGCAUAAACUAGUUUAUAAUGAUAGUGGGCUCGCAUCUCAAAUAACGCCUAUCGAUCCCUGAUCUGAUCCCCGUAUUGACCCAGCGCAUCUACCGCGUGGCCUGUUUUAGGGACCACUACUGACCCACAGACUUUCUGGUGACUUGCACGUACCAGUUUGUUUAUAGUGAAGUGGACGUUUGCAGUAUCUACUGUAUUCUGCUUACACCCACCAUGCUCGGGUGGUAAGAAGAAUCUACUCGUUUUAAAAUGCCUGCGGAGCAUUGCCUGCCAAGACCGAGUGGUCCAUUCACACGUGCUACGCACAUUUUGGUUCCCAGAUCCUCCACAAACCAGGUUUAAGAGAAAGAAGACUAUUUACUCUCACAUAGGUGAGACCAGUUAUAAAAACUACAAUAAGGGGAAUCACUGCAGCCUGGUCGUCGUUCCGAGUGAAACUCAGUUGCCCCUGGGUUUGGAAAUCCUUCAAGCAAUAACUUACCACUCUUAGGUUGUUUGUAGCGAGGAACCUAGAUGCUGCGGCGGAGUGACAUUGCUUCCAUCCUCCUUUCUUCAUAAAAAUGACCUGUUCGAGCCUUUCGACUGACUGAAGAUGUGACCGCGGCUAAUGACUGGCGUGGUGUAAGAACUGCCAUCUACUCCCGUCGGCCUUUCACUCCAUUCGAGCCAAACUUUGCCUAAAUAUAGAUUUCAAAUAGAUGAGAGACGCACAUGCUCAUGUAUGAUGCUUUGAUCGUCACUACGGCGUUUGUAAAUUUCAUCGCAUGAUUGUUGCAGGUGUACUGUGCGAUGUUUGCUUUAUGUCUGACGUGUAUAUGCGUGUGGUGGAUUAAACCUGUGCGUGGUUUAAGUGUGUAAGGGAAAUAUGAUGUCAUAAGGGGCACCUGGGCUGUGUUGUUUUGGUGGUCAUUGUCAUAUAUGCACAUAUGGUCGAAAAGAUGAAUGAACCGGGAGAAUAGGGGAUAAAUAGAGCGAAUAUGACGAGAAUUGUUCAAGACUCCUGACACUGUUUCUUGUACUUUGCUCUUGAUGCUCAGAAGAUCGCUCAAGUUACUGCAUAUCUCUUGUUCUUGAGAUUAGUUGAUCGGAGAUUUCACAGCAUUGAUGUAUUCUUUCACAUCGUCUCUGGUUGGAUGUGCCUAAGUUCCCUCAUGUAAAGAUGCACAGUUUCAGACCCUUCUACUCCUUCAUUCACUCUUCAGGUUCUCGACGAAUCCAUGUGCGUAAUCAGGGAAGACAUUUGUGACUGGCUCCAGCGCUACCUUUUCAGUAAGUCGGACGUUGCCGCACUGUCUGACGCUGUCGACCUUUUGGAGCGUCUGAAGUCUGGUCUCUGGUUGGCACGACUUGCGUACAAGCUGCAUUACAAGGUCCUUGCUACCAGCUUGCCAGAACCGAAGACAGCAGAGCAUAGCACAGUCAAAGGAGCUAACUCGCGAAAAGGACAAGUGGUCACCUCGCGAGAGCACCGAUUGUAUGCCAGCCUCCGCGGCGCCGGCCCCAGUUCUGCCCUCGGUCAGCUGUCAGCUGAAACACUGCCCGUCUUUCCACGAACUCUCAAAAUUGCCUCUGAGGCACCUCUUGGUCCGAACGAUGUCAGUGUUUUUCCUCACACCUCCCGAAAUCCAGCCAACUUUGGAGUGGAAAACAUCGCUGUGAUGCGUAUUCAAUCGCAGUCUCCGAGCCGCAGCGGGUCAGUGCCUUCCAGACUAGCCACCGACUCCGUUGCAAUUCACUGGGCAGCCCGUGACAAUAUCUCAGCCUUUCUCACUUGGUGUCGGGACCUGGGACUAGCAGAGACAAUCCUGUUUGAAACCACUGGAUUAGGUUUGUAGCCGUCAUUUCCUCUACGUGCAUCACUCUUGGUCUACCUAUAUUUCGCUUUGAGUAGUCGGCUAUAGUUACGUAGGACUUAUGUGGGAUGCAGUUUUGUGUACUACGACAACAGCAGCAACAGCAGCAACAACAACAAGAACCACCACCACCGUAUGUAUUUGACUGGUCCUGGGUUUUUUGCCGAGGUGCCUGAGGAUAUCCCUGUACCCGCUACUUCCAUAUCUUAAAUACUCACUAGUUUUACCACUGGAAAGUUCGUACCCAAUACCGGGCUUAUUUUUAUUCCUUUUUGGCUUGUUGUCUAUGAAUAGUUGGCGGUCAAAAAAGUCGCAGCAGUUAAAAAGUGCACCGUCACGUGCUUGCUUGCUGGGGACCAUAUGUCUCUAAUCUUGAUCCUCUGUACCGUAAUCAUCACCUGUCUUCCGUUGACUAAUCUUCUAGGAUAAGAGUGCACAAUUUGUAGACUAAUCUUUCUGGACUUUGGGCCCUUUCACCUCCAGCUAGGGCCUGGAACACUGUCUAACCUACAUGGACCACUCCCUCAUGACGUUCAUUCAAGGGUAAACAUCAGAACGGGUGUCCUCACUUAUAAUCUAAAGUCUCCGGUAUACCGAAGAAAGACACUUCUUCAAUACAUUUGGUCCUCCAAGUCUAAUUUAUCUUUCCGUCCCUUCUUGCAUUUAAACACAGGCAUCAAUAAAGGUAAUUCCAAACUCACGUCAGUUGGUCAAUCGAGUGAUUAAAUCACAGUCCACUGCGCAUCUGACUUCAUUUUCAGCGAACCUAAUAAAUGUCCACUUGGACUAUGGUACUCUCUGUCUGUGGCACUUACACGUAAACGUUCGGUUCUUCAAGAGCACUUGUUAUGCAAGCGCAUCACUUGAGUUUACAAGUUAACUUGUUUUCUUCCUUCGGAAGAAGGCCAGGUACCGGACGAUAGUCCCUAAAAUUAUCGCAACAAUUUCGACUGACUGUUUAAUCAGAUAGGUUGGCGGGUGUGUAUGUACAUUACAGUAGCUGGGCUAUCCAAAGAAAUGUUAGUGUAAAUUCUUUCUGUCUGAUAAGAUUGCUUGGGUAGGAUUACAAAUUGUAUUAUUCGUAGAUGCUUUGGUAGAUUUUGAGUAAUUCGGCGUUUUGGUGAGAUUCGAACCCACGACAGCAAAGAAAGGCCUUAUUACAGUCAGCGCUCUAGCCAACUGGUCUACGAGGCCCCACUGGCAUGGGUUAUAGUAAAGCAUUAUUCCGAGAUAAGUCAGUGACGCCAGGGUGGCGGUUUUUCAAUGAGCUUUCCGGCCGCCUCCGAAUUCACAAUCGGUGAAAAGUACUACUUAGGUAGUGUGCAUUUUUCGAAUUGAUUUUCGGUACCCUUAUAAAUUCGAAUAUAAUUGAUAGAAAAUAUACAUAAAUAUUCUUUAUUGUACUAGUUUGGCGGUCGAUCCUGUCUUCUGGAAAUUAUAUACUUAACGAACCGGCAGUUUUUGGUUUUCGGAAGAUUUUAUUUGCUGAGUAAUUUUGAAUUCAACUUGUCGUUACGCCUACAUUCGUGGGUUUCAAAACUAUAGUUUGUGUGCUUUCCAUGUGAAAGAGAUCAUACGGUAGGUGUGCUAACUCAUGAAAUGUUAACCGAAAUUCUGAAAUGCGUUUCCGACUCGAAUAGAAUACUUCAGUAGGGUUGUAUUAUUAAUCACCGUACAGCAUAAUCCUAUGACAUUUCAAUUACUUCAGAAUGUCAGUUUUUCAAGGAACUUUCAGGCUAGAUGAAAAAAUGACGUCCUGUAAAAAACUCACUAAUAAUGGGGUAUGAAUUUUUCAAAUUGAUUUUUGAUGGCCUUAAAAGUCCAAUUAUAUUUAAUGGAAAACACGCAUACAGAUAUUCCUUCUUUUAUUCAUUCAAUAGAAAAUUACGUUUUCUUCCAGUUUUAUUCUCGAAGGAAGAGCAUAAUUCUGUUUUCAAAAAGUAUCCAACUCCCGAGUAAUUUUGAACCCAACCUACCGUUGCACUUGAAUUCAGGGUUUACGAACUACCAACCAUGCAUUUUCUGUGUACGGAAAACCAUACAUUUCUCUACAGUCUUAGAAGGAGACCAUAUGGGGUUCAUGAAAUUUAGCAACGAAAAGACGUUAUUUUCUGCCGAAUAAGCAGAAGAAUGAAUAUUACUAUGCAUUUUUCUAUGAAAUAUAAUUGAAUUUUUAGGGGCAUCGGUAAUGCGAAAAAUUCAUGCUACUUAAGUAGUCAUUUUUACAAAGUCUCGCGAUUAAAAACUUUAUUAUAACCAGAAGAUAAACUUCCCGUAAUUAUAAAAUUUGAAGAAGACAGGGUUGCCUACCAAUCGAAUAAUAUAAAUAAUAUUUUCGUGCAUUUUUCUACCAAAUAUAUUUUAAUCUAUAAGGGUACCGAAAAUCGAUUCAAAAAAUCCACAUUACCUAAGUAGUCACUUUCGCCGAUUGUGCAUUUGCACGGAUAGGGGGGUCACAGGGAUAAAAGCACUCGUCAGGUGACAUGUCGAAUGGACCGGUCAUUGGUUAAGAAAUUGAAAUAAAACUAACGCGUGCAAUCACACGCAUGACAUUUUCUGUGUAUCAAGAGAACUUUUUUUCUCAAAAUGACUAUAUCGUUUUUGACAACGGUAAUACCUAUUGACUUUUAGCGUGUACCUGUAAUUUUCGGGAAUAAUUCGUGGGUCUUGGUGUUCUCCACCAGCUAAGACAAGUUUUCUUGGUAAGACACAGAAUUGGAUGCCUAACUUUGUGUGAGAGGUGGCCUUGGGCUGAAUUCCAGUGCAGUACCUAUUCCUGUGCCCUAACCUCAAUCCUGACAGUAACCCUAACUCUUCCCUAACCCCCCCCCUUUGGGAUCUAGCGCAAGACCGCCUCUUAUACGGGGUGCAUAUUUCCACAUUCUACCAGUUUUGCACUUUAUAUAUAUAUCAAAACUUUAGAAUUAUGACUGUUCUUGAGAACAUCUGCCUAGGUUAUGAGUUCUUGGCUGUUCCCUGUUGUGCAGAUAGCAGUUUUAGUCAUGUAUGCGGAUGCACCCAAACAUGAGACAUAAUUACCGAAGAAAAAGAACGCCAAUAACGUAGACCUGCGAUUUAUGUGUUCACGCUCGGUUAAAAAACUACUUAAACGUAGUUUCUUAGAAGGUGCUUUGAUAGGGCAUUUCGCUGACGAAUGUCCACACACUUUGCCUUCCUCCAAAGUAAAGUCAAGGAAGGAGUUUGGGAGAUUUUCCUGAUUAUGCACUUCCCUAAAGGUAAAUAUUAUUAUACAGCUUUUAGGGUUUGAAUUUUUAAAAAAAACAUCUGGGUUUCUGAACACAGCGUUUUUAUUCCUAUCCUGCUUCACUUGAUGUAUGCAGAACAAAGAGUCAAUUUUGGACGAUGCGAAUGUUUUUUUGGUAUAUCUUCCCCAUUUAGAUUAAUGCCUCCUUGUAGAAGAACAUGCACUGAUGCACAAAUAUGUCAGGAUUUGGUCCAAAUAUAAAGUAGCGUUGAUUUCCGCUCAUAUUUGCACUUUUUCGCGUAUUCUGUAUCCAGAAAGAACUUUCCAGCAAGGCAUAAGGCGAGUAAAUUGGAAGCCAUGACGUUUGAAGUCGCCCUAGGUUGUUAAAUGCAAUUCCUUUCAUUAGGUUGCAUGAAUUGCUUCACCUGCUGUACUUUUGACGUUUUUUCCCAUACAGGUAGAAUUUUAAGAUGUUUGUUUCUAUAUAAGGAUUUGCAGAAGGAGGGACCGUUCACGAUUCCGUGGAUAAGGACCUUUUGCGAGAUUUGCCACUGGGGCACUUGGAGGUUGGAAAAUGGAGAUCAUGACGGAUGAAUCAGAUUGAGGAACUGCCGUAGGCCGACGAAAUCUCAAGCCAUAAAGUAAGGGACGUUGGGUCACGGCGGUUGUAGGGUCUGGACGUCAUUCUUAUGCAUUCACAGGGCCAGCAUGCACAGUCUGACCACUGUCUCUUUCGUUUUUGUUGGUAGACGCUGUCGUAAUAACAUCUGGAAGGGAGUCUGCAUUUGGCUCUCAGCUUGGUUACUUACUGUGAUCUGUAUGCUGCAUGCAUCCAGUCAACUAUAGCAGCUGGGCUGUUCAUGUAAAUUUAGAACUUUUAUCAAAGUCUUUUUAUUCGCGUCAUCGUGACCCUGUAAUGAAAAUCUUAAAAUUAGCCUUCAGAUGAAUAUUUGGUUGAAACUGCACCACGGGUAUGCAUAGUACGCAUUCGGACAUUUCUUCAUACGUCUGCUCACGUACAGCAGUCGUCGGAAUAGUGCGUUUUUGAUUUUUCCAAUGACUUUUCAGUAGGAAGUAUUAGCGAACACGUUUCUUAUGGCUCUUUGGGUGGAGUUAUGGUACCCUUCGAUUCGCUAUGUACAGUGGGUAGUCACAUUUAUUGAACAAAGUGCGAAUCCAAAAUAUUCCUUCAAAAUACUAACAAGAACUGACAAUUCCUUAUAAGGUGGUUCACAGAUCGUCAUAAAUACACAAGACUCAUCGUUAGCUAUUAAGAUAUAUAUCAUUCUGCGUCUUGCAUAGCAAAAAGAUCCUGCUAACCUCACAACAGACAUUCGGUUGUAAUAUAAAUUAAAGCAUUUUCCCUCAAAAUCAGAAUAACUGGGGAAUUUCUGAACACAUACAAUGGGGGUUUUCUUCAAAUUUUGAUAGAAAUUAGCCUGAGAUGAUAAUUUGUUGCAGCAAAGUUUCAGUGACCAAUAACUCAUAGAAGCAAGGAUGACGCGUAGACUGAGACAUCAAAAUAACCAGCGUUGGUUCAUGCAAGUUUUUUAAACCGAUAUUACUCUGAAAUGUUUUGCCUCGUUCGCUGAAGGUUUUAAAGCGUCUUCUUUCCUACGUUCUAGUAUUUUAAUGAAAUAUCUGUUUAUUCUUAUUCUGGGCUUUUAUAUGGGUUGUGCUAAUUAUUUUCAGUGCUGUAACUUUAUAUGGAGACACGAAGACCCCAAGUUACUACUGAAUUUUUAUUGGUAACAAUUCGUUUUUAACGAAAUUGCCCGGACUAGGGAAAUUAGUCACUAAAGAGCAUUUGCUCUCCAAUUCCCAAUGCAUCCAAAACUUCUGAGUACCCCAGGAUUGUAGCAGAAGUCCUUUUACUGUUUCCAUCUUUUAUUUUUUUCCAACUGAACUGCGUUUUAGGACUUGCAACAUAAAAGCCUUCCUGUUAUAUUUUUUGAAAGUCAAAAUUUUCCAUUUGUUUAAGCGUCAAGAAGUUUAAAAAUCACGUGCUAACGAGGUAGUGACAUUUUUCUGAAUGACUGUAGUGGAUUACAUGAAACAGUUCACUAGAGAAUUAGCGUAACCCUUCAUGUGCCUGUGUGACGUUGGGAUUGCAACUCUUCUGGAGUCUCACCCCCUCAGUUCAAGACACAUUUAAAAAUUUCAGCCAGUGUUUGGGAUUUCCACGCCACAGAUUUACGCAAGUCACGCAUGUUGAUGCUCGUCUAUCCGAAUAGCGAACACAUUUUAGGCCUGGUUUCCCUGCCUCCCCACAUUCGGGGUCCGAGUGCCUCAUGUGCAAACACACAGAUAGGUAAACAUGAAAACCCUGUCGCCAUUUUGUUACACACACACGCACACACAUAGUGCUUGUUCUACCACACUCACAUGCGAAGAUGAACUGGCCUCCGCUUCUCUUCUGUGCCCUCUCAUCUGCUUGUUAAUGCAGACUCGCUGUCGCGCGUUUAUCUAUGUGCCGACUCGAAAGACGCCAUCAGCCGAGUUAGUUUUUGGCUUCGUAUAUGUGUAUGUUUUUGCACACGUGACUGGUCUUAUGCGUAUAAAGCAGCAACUUCGACAGCAGCCGCAUCAGAGCUCGCCUCAUCCCGUCUGUGUCUCGUGCUGACCUGAAUUUAAGCUCUUGUGACCUGAGUCCUCGCUAUCGUUUCUGUUCGGCGUACAACUUCCCACCCCUCCGUCCUGGACCCGACUCUCAUUCAGAUUCUCUCAAUGCGCGUUGAUACUCACCUUGAUCUUAUGAAAACGCUCGACACCACCUCCCCCGCGUCCUACUUGCUCGGAAUUCACCCUUAGCUGAGAUGCGGAUUCAAACGAAGACAACUCGGAAGGAGCUGUUCUGACGAUAUUCGUUUUGACUAACACGUCCAUCUUAGAUUGAGUUUGGGGCCUUUGUUCAGUGUCAGUCAGUAGUGUAGUCGAAUUCAAACCUGUUGAGGAAUGUUCGAGUGAUCAUGAUUUGGAUUUGCUGCAGUGUCUUCAUUUGGCUCGUAGAUUCAAAAGAUGUCACUUUCACUGUUGUGUUUAGGUCUCCAAAUCAAUCUGUAGAAGAAGACCAAGCGUUGAUCACUCGACUACGCGAGGACAGUCAGAGGCAAAACAUGGAUUCCGGUACUCUGCUCUCAAACUGUGACCUUAUGACGGUUAAGUACCAUAGGCAAGGAUUCUACCAAAUGCUUUUGAGCAUGACACUCGAUCAAUCCCUCCUUCGGCAUGCCCGGGAAACGUUUGGAAUGCUUGAAGGCCAGAGGUCUAGUUUCCUGGAUCAUGCAUUCACCAAGAGUGAGGAAACUAUUGAUGAAAUAAUUGUAGGUCCGCCCUUAGGUUCCUCUGGUCACACGAAAUUAAUGUAAGAAUCAACAUUUGUAGCUGUCCCCGAAUGAAGUUAUCGAGGAAUAUCUGGCGAGGUAGCUUUGAGGGAAUAAAAUCGGCAAGUAGACACAUACUGUGGACGGUUGUGUUACGAGGUGUCAACGAAUGUUGGGGAUCUUUGAAUUAACUAUGACAGACUUGGUUGAAUUGUACUCUUCCCUCCAAAAACAUUCUACCAGAAGCAGACAAAGAUGGCUUUCGACCGUGGUAGAGAAGGAUAUCUGAAAAAAGCGCAAGUUGUGAAAAACCUUUUUACAAACAUAGAGCCCAGAAAAACUGAACGACCUCAGACGACAACGCAACCUAUGCAAAAUACUUCUCCGUCAAAACAUGCAUCUUACGAAGUGGAGUUCCUGGAAGAAGCACCACAAAACCCAAAGCACUCUGUGCUUACAUCAGAAGUAAUACCAAAGAUCAUGACUACUUCGUAACCGUAAACAACGAAAACAACCGAAUUUUGAGUGAUGGCCUCCAAAACGCCGACCUUAUCUCUGAAUUUCUCCAAAGUGUUUGUAUCACGGAAGCCCAAAUGCAGCCCAGAUCUCUGUCACAGUUUCUUACCAGCUCACUUAUGCACAUUAUUAUUUACGCCGCAGUUAGUUUUGACCGAAUCAAAGAAGUUGGGUCCGGCAACGUCACCUUGGCCAGGUGAGAUCCCAGGUGCACUUCUACGCCAAAUACUUGAAGAAUUAACCGAACCGUUGCGUGCCAUCUUCUGAAAGUCUCCUGAAGCUGGUUAUCUUUACGAUACACGGAAACGGGCAAACAUUGUAUCCAUCCAUGAGGGUGAGUCACGGCUAUAUCCCACCUACUACCGACCGGUCAGUCUGACAUGCGUCUGCUGUGAGCUGAUGGAGAGAGUAAUUGAAAAUCAGUUAUACCGCUUGCUACAUUUCGCUGUCAGAUCAGCUCAGCUCUGCAUGGUUUCUGCGAAAAGAGGUCAUGUCUUACAAACCCCCUCACAUCGUAUGAACGUUGGUCAAAAGCAGUAGGCGAAGGACAUCGAGUUGAUUUCAUUUACUGUGACUAUCAAGACUUUUGAUUGACUUCCACAAACGUGGCUCAUUGAAAAGGUAUCAGAUUUAAGAAUUAUAGGAGACCUCUUGAACUGAUCGCAGACAAAGGGUUGCUGCAGCUGUCUACUGUUCAAAAUAGGCGUCUGUUAAAAGUGGAGUCCUACAAGGAUCAGUUUUUUGGGUCGCUCCUAUUUAUUAUCCAUCUAAUUGACCUAGUAUACGAGGUGAACUGCGACAUACCGCUCUUGACAGAUGACCCUAAGCUGCAGAAGGUAAUAAAAUAUGAGGGUGACUCGCGGAUAUUACAACAGGAUAUAGAAAGGCUGCAGACAUGGAGCAAGCCCUUGUGCAUGGAAUUCAAUGUCGAAAAGUGUGUGUUACUGCACAUAAUGUCAAUGAGACGAAGGUGAAAUUUACCUUCACGACAGUAUAUCACGAAAAAUCAACCACUUAAAGCGUAAAUGUGCAAAGAGACCUUGGAGUGUUUGUGAACGACGAUUUAAGCGUAACGACGCAGUGCUCCAAAGUCGCACCGUGGGCGGUGUAAAUUAUGAGGUCAAUACGCAGAACGUUUGUCAAACUGUAUGCGGAUACCUUCUAUAAGGUAUACAGAGUAAUUGUACGGCCACACCUGGAAGUUGCGGUUCAUGCUUGGCGGCCGUGACCUCCGAAAGACAGAUACUCUUGAAGGGUUACAACGACGUGCUACAAGCUUGUUCUUGAACUCGAGAAUUUGACGCACGAACGGUGUCUGACCUUAAACCUCUACCCCCUCUACAAUAGAUAAGACGGUGACUUUAUGCUAACGUUUCAGUUGCUACGGGGACUUUUCAGCUGUCUAUAAAGGUGGAGCAACCUUAUUCAAUACUUUUCUAUAAGGAGCAAUCCCCAUUUUCCCCUGCCACAACUUUACUAUGCCGUGUUUUGCAGUAUAAAUCUGAUACUUUGUAAUUCGCCCUAUCCUGACUAUGAUUUUAGUUUCUUUUGGAUGUCGUUUUCCGGUCGAGGGGUUCGAGCGAUGUUCGUGGAUUAGGCAGGCCAUUGGAAUGAAGUAGUAUUCACUGCCACAAAAACAGCUACUUAUUGAAAGUUAGUAAUUAUAUAAUCUCUCCCGUUUUAGUUCACCGAACUGAAGAAAAAAACGUCCUCCUUACACUCAUGGAUCUUGCUCGAAUCGCCAGCCGAUUUGGUCUCUGUGAUCUUCCAGAACUGGUAAAGAUGGAACGAGAGAUUGAAGCCCUGGAGGCCAAGCGUAACCAAGAGAUCACAGUGGCCUCAGAGAACUGCUUUUCCGCGCAACAGCUGUCUAAGUCAACCAAGGCCAGCGAGCCACAGAUUGAUCGUCAGGAGUACAUUCGACGGAUUGCCAGCAACAAACUGUUAUUGGAGAGCGCACCUAGAAACACUGUCUCAAACGGGGUCCUUCAGUCUAGCGGGGAUCAUGAUAAUUCUUGCAAUUCAUCCCUCGAUCUCACCGCAACGGCCACUGACCGUACUUUCUUCUCAGAUGAUGGAACCGACAGUGGUUGUCUUGACUUCACCCCUACCGAUGCGGAAAUCACGCCAACAAACUUUGCGAAGCCGCCGUGUGUCGAUUCUGGCACCUCAGUUGAGCUUAAGUCCUCCGGCGACGCAGCACUCCAGGCUGGCGGUCUCCCCUCGACUGCCGAUGCUGUCACAUCUACCAAUCGUUUCGGCUGGAAGCCAGUAAAGCGCUCCACCUCUCUCGCUGAUCUGAAUUCAGCCAGUACUCAGUCUGCAGCUAAACGACAUCAGGGAAUGCAGUCAGAUGGAGGGCGAGGAGAUUUGGUCCUUACUCAAACUGACCGGAUUUCUGCGUCGAACGCUGGGGGUACGUUCUAUGUUUCGCACACAUAUCUACCUGCAGUAUACCUAAACUGUCCGCGGACUCUGAUGAUAGUUUCUGUAAGGUUAUUAAAUCCACUAGAAUUACACGCCUCAGACUACAUGCCUAAUCCCCUUGUCUAGUGAUGGCAGGUUUCAGCAAAGCGGGUGGGGACUUGCUGUGGAUUAUCAAAUCAGCCUUACUGCAGAAAAUGUAGUCUACUUCCCUCUGGAACCCAUUGAGAGAUAUUUCAGAUGUUGUCCAGUGCUGGUGCAAAACGACAGCAACCAUGUGCUUGCCGUUUGUCCUACAUAUUCAUCUCGGUUAUUUUUACCUUUGGCAGGCGUAUGUGACUAGUUCUUAUGAUCCAGGUGAAUGUUACUGCUUAUAUAAAACAUAGAGGUGUCCGUGGACGGCUGACGUCAGUAAAACAAACACGGAUCGUUCCUUUCUAGUCGCUCCUUCAACUUUUCGAUAGUGCCUCCAGUAUACUGGACCAGUGGCUUAUGCAGGACAACUCCUCUGGUGCUGUGAAAUAAUUACUGUGCAGAAUAAUUAGGUGGCAUUCACAUUUAAACACACUCUUCACUAGGUAAUGGUUUCUCGAGGACGAUAUAUCAUAGUUAUGAUACGUAUUCUUGGAGAGACCAUUACCACACCCGUCGUUAACCUUGUUAGCGGUGCUCCUAACGUAGCCCGUGUUCGUUUAGUUUUUUGGUGAUUUGCUCCCAGUCUGAUAUUGUCAUCUGAUUCUAGAUGAAGCCCUAAUGUGACUGCCUGACUGACUUCUCUUUGGACGUUCAGCUGAGGCUUGCUAAUGGAUGACUAAUUGUCUUAUUAAGUAUUUGAGUUUCGACCUUAACCACCCGCAUAUGCUGUCAGGUUAAACAUACCUAUUUUCCUUCGCCCCUUCAAUCAUCCCGGUCCUACACGAAAUUUGCUGUCAGCACAAGCAAAAAUUUACUGUAAAAUUCUUGAUCUGAGCCGACUAGCGCCGACGUUUUGCACGCUUCUCCUCUGUGUGGAGUCCUGUUCCAUGUACAAAUUCUCUGGAAUACUUGAAGCACACUACUUAAAAAGGUGCUGUUAACUGGCUGGUUCGCCGCCGUUAAUUUCUUGUACUCUUAGCAGUGGUUUUGACGUAUUUCCGGUUUUCCCAAAUGUUGCUUUAUUUGUCGCUGCAGUCGGAGUGAGGUCUGUCAAGCGUGCGCAGAUGAAGCCACUACAGCCGAUCCAUCGGAGUACCUCUCACACCACUCUCCCUGGAAACUCUGCACAACAUCCAGCAACAAACAUACCAGUCUCGAAGCUGCUUAAGGGUAGAACCCGGAGUAGCAGUCGUGGGCCCAGUGGACCACCCUCUAAAGCAUCCUCCGGCUUCGCCAGUCGGUCAUCCUCCUAUUCCGAUGUGCACAGAGAGGUAAUGCUACUCACCGUUUCCUGUGCUUUACAAGUUUAACGAUACCGCCUUCGUCCUUAUAACGGCCUAGUCGAUAUCUACGACCACUGGUUGGUUAAAUUUUGUGCUUGCGACUACAAACCCCACGUUUGCUCUUCACACUUACGUUGGUCUCUUUCUGGUUGUCUGGCAAGUUUGCGCGUGGCAUGCUCAAUCCCAACCCUCAGUUGGUCUGACUUUGACUUACAGUUGAUAUGGGAGAAGGAUCCAGUCUUAGUUUUCUGACUGCCAGUAACUCGCUUCGAAAGUAAUGGUGGCAUGCACUGUCACCAACUGGCGAGAUAACUCGGUCCAGCUCAGGACUGAAGCUCAGAUUGCAAGAACUCCCUCUUGUUGUAGUCUUUCGCUCAUCCGUUGCCCCUGUGAAAUCGGGAACGACCCUAUCAAAGACUAAUGAUGUGGAAUUGGAGGCAAGUUCGUGCCUUGUAUGCGUAAACGUCACUCCCCACUCCAGUCUGCUGACCGGCUCGGACAGCGGCUGGGGUGUGGGAGUGGGAAGGGAGAGUGAGGUCGACGACUCAGCGCACUUUCUCCUCACUAUAAACAAUCUGACGCGCUUGAAGCUAUCACGGUGCGCUAAAAGCAGUGGCUUGGAAGGUUGCCAACUGACGGGGUAACUUGGACCUCCUCCUUGACUGGAGGCGGUCUGAGAGUCAGGCUGCAAUGGCUCCUUUUUAAUGCGGCCUUUAUGGCACUCCCACCACAGUGUGGGAUCCGAGCCAGGCGUUAGCGGUACGCCUAGGUGCGGCUUCGGUCGUGCCAGCCACCAAAUCUCUGUUGUUGGUUGAAAUCCUGGUUAUUGUUGUGUGGACCAGGGGGUGUGGUGGAACGCCAAGGUGAGGAUCGGUCCGAGCUAUCCACCUGCGGUCUCCUCGUCUCCGGUCUUCUGGACUCUGUCUUGACACCGGGCUCGGGCGAGGGAGGAGGAGAGAGUGUAGGUAGAUGCAGCGCAAGUCUACUGGCACUAUAAACCCCUGCGUAAGUCACCGUCCCUGCUCUCACUGCUGCUGCAACUGUGGGGCACACGGUGGACAUCAUCGAAACCGAUGGUCGAACUGUCAUGCGUAAACGUGGUCGCAGUUUCCUUAGCCUCUCAGCCCAUGCCCCGUUAGGCUAAUAUGUUUGGAGUGACGUUCCGUUGUCCUAACUAAGUUCAUUAUAGGUUUGCUAUAGUUUCUUCGAGGAAUAAAUAACAACUUGUUUUAAAGAGAGUUUCCACAGUAAUGAAGCAUUAAAGCUUACUAAAAUAUAAUUAGUAGGGUGUAUAGAAUGUUCUUCAUUUACAUCCUGAAGGAUGGUGGCUGAUCAUGUUUGAAAGGUGCGUCAUCACAACUAGGCCAUACUUUUAGACAGUUGAUCGGCACGACGCUGCUUGGAGGCGUAGAAAGUCUUAACGAUAGGAUUAAAGCCUGGCUUUAUGCGAGGACAAUGCGCAUCACUGGUGUGUACAGCAAAUCCACUUCUUUGUCCUUCACCCAUAUCCACCAAGACUAGCUAAAAAAAUUUGUCGCGAUUGACUUCGCAGUCCCGAUCCUUUCACAAUUAGAGGUUUAAAAUAAGGUCACAUAUUCUGCGUGUAACUGUAAGGGAACAGGUCUAAAGUAGUCAUUCAUUAUGCUACUCAUUCCCGGCGCUACUUUGGUGGCGCCUUUCUGGACUCCCCAAACUAGCAAUACUCUUACGGACAUGGUUUCCGAGCUUAAAUGCCUACCCCGGGUAAAGUCUAACGAAGGUUCAAAAUGAUUUCGAAAUAUGUUGAUGCACAUGUUGGAAAUGUGCAUAACAUAGCGGUCACUGACUCUAUUACGUUUUGUUGCCCCGUUGAGAACUAUGUUCUGCCACAUAAGUGAUCUUGUGUAUGAACAACUUCUCUAAGGGAGUCUCGCAUUAAGGGUAUUACUAGAGGGUUCAAUUUCAUCUUCGUUUUGUGGAUUCAAAACCAGUUGUUAUGCGUCUGAUAUAUCCUUCACUCCGGCCAUGUAGCCUAUCUACGUUCCUUUGUAGGGUUAUGGCGUCAUUUCCAUCCUCGAUAGUUCUCCAGGUCCUAGCGUUGUGUGCAAUAGGUGCUACUUGCGAUUCUACCUUGUCCACAAACGUACUUUUGCAUGGUGUGAGGAGGGAGUCUUGAAGACGAAUUCUUGGGCGAUGCUACUUUUAGCAAGAUUUUACACUGAUGCGUAUUCUCCAGCUACAGGCCUUUGCUGUUUUGCACUGAUGAGCCUAAUUAGCACAGCGGGUUGCCUCAAAAGCCCAGAUUGCAUAAUUUAGAGGGGCCAUUGACUGAAACUUAUUUAAAAUGCCUUGUUAAGCUCCGAAUAAACACCAUCAACCACAAAUGUGGUGCACAGAGCCUUCAGCUGGUUUUCAGUUGUCUUGGAAAGUUUUGUGGGACACGACCUUUUUGUCGAAUGUCAUUGAAUAACACUCUCGUAUACCAACUGGAUCCAUUUUGUUUUUGAGGAUUCUUUCCAUUGUAUUACAGCAGGUGCAUUUGAAGCUCAUUUGGCGGCAGUUGUCUAUUUGUAGCCACGAACAACCUUUUCGAAUAGGUACCAGGUGAACCAUUUUCGAGGUUUUUUGUCAGCUUACCACAAUCAAGCGGUUGCUGAAACCGGAUGGCAAGUGAUUCGACUACCUCCUCAAUGGUCUUACUCAACGGCAAUGCAUAAAUCUCACCCGAUUCCGGUGAUCUAUCGUCAGUUCAUUCUUAGUUUUGAACUUCGUGAACUCAAGUGUUCUACUGAGUGAAGUAGACAUGACGUCAACAGAUUGGUCUUUUAGGAACUCGGUCCAAUAGUAAAAAGAGACUACAGACAGCAUUUCUGGUCUGGACAACAUUUCACUUUUCUGAAGUUCAUCAGUUACAGUGCCGUUUUCUGCGCCUUUUACGGUAGUCAGGUAAUCUCUAUUUUCUUUGCGUUGCCUGGUUUAGGCACAAGGUUCUUGCGUUUCCGCAGAACUUUAAGGACAUGGUUGUGUGCGCAGGAUGUUCGGGCCUCUCGGAGUAAAUUCUGUCACAGGCUUUUCUGUCUUCUAUAAUCUAAAACUUCCUGUUACAGUUGGUUCCUGGCAGUACCUUCCACAACUUCCGUUUUCUAUUUUUCGCCCGACCUCUUGACCAACCCGGUUGGGCCUGCUUCUCAGACUCUCUCUUUUGUUUGAUCCUUGGUUAUCUGCCGCUCUUAUCGGUAUAUCUGUCAGGAUAUCAUAUGCCCUGUUGACGUCUCCUCUCAGCGGAUCCCUCCAACGUUUGGCCUUGACAGUGGACUUCAUGAAUUCCGAAACACCCUUCCUAAUGUAGUUUUGUGGAUUUUCCACCGCUUUCAGAUACACGUAUGAAUUCCGAUUUCCGCAUUAGGAAACCAUGAUUGCUCGACGCUAGUGGGUGGCCUACAUUGCUUUCAUCUGUGUUUUUCUUUCCAUAUGGAAGUAAGGGUUCAGACAACUGGACCUUUGUCUCUCUACUGUUCUUCUCAAAAAACAAACUCAUUGAAGGAUGCAUUCUUCCAGAGUCGUGUUUAAGGGCACCUGAUCACAUCUACUUUUGAGACUGUCGGCUGUCAACAGCUGCCAAUUAACCACAGGCUGUUGUCACAUAUAUGAAUAGGACUUUUUACCUCGACCAGUUUCCUGUAUUUCAGUCGACAGCGGUUCUUCUCUCUUGCUUAUUUGUGUGUCCAUCAACGACCCCUAGGUUAACCGUUUCAAAUGCAUGUGCGACUUAAGUACAGGUUAGAAUUUCGCUAUAAUCAGCACCGUCCCUAUCCAUUAUAACGAUAUCUAUAUCUUGUUAGCGGAAGAUGUCUAUCUUCCCCAGAUUUUAUUUCGCUUUUGUAGCUGUUGACUAUGUGUGCGUAAUUUCGAGUUUUGCGCAGCCUCAGUGAGCAACGUCUCAGUCGACGCAACGAUAUACGCGUGGUUUUCAGUUUGUAGAGCUGGUUGAGGUGACUUUGCACAGUUUUCUUAACUUCAUAUUCUCUAUACUUGUUGGUUCCGUGCCAGCGGCUUUUUACCUUCUCGGGACAUAUUCAGAUGAAUUUACUCAAGUUGUCAGUACUACGGCAUGGUGCCAACUAAAGGGUCUUCUUAUUUGUGUCAACUGUUCAUUGCCGAUUCCUAGGUUCUUCUUCCCAGAAGGGUUCUUCUCUUGAUAUCUGGCCCCUAUUCUCUUCAUUUUGCCUUCUCUCUGAGAGAAAUACCGUUUGAAAAACUCCCAGCUGGUCUUUCCCGAACACUUUUUUCCGUUUGAUAGGAGUUUUGCUUUCACUUCAUCUUCGAAGGUGGCCGUCAGAGCUUUUGCUGCUCAAACUUCCUCGUCCGAUUUUUCAAGUCUCCUAAUCCGAAUCGCUUUGGGUGCGCGGACGGACGUAAUUUUGGAUCCCGAUAACAGGGCUUCCAGAUAAUUAAGUAGCACGUGUAAUAGUCUUUUCUCGGAGUUGCCCUAGAUCUAGGUUCCAGUUGCGACGGUACCACCAGUCUGUGCUCCUGUGAGUAUCCCCCGUUCUUAGGCCUGUGUUCAGAAAAUUGUUUUCGGUCCUUUUGGCUCUCUUUUGCCUCCAGUCUCCUCUUCAUUUGAGGAUAGUUGGGGACUUAGAGUGGAAUCUGGUUACGAAGAAGGGGACACGAUCGCUAGAACAAGAGCUUUAUUGGCCUGACGUUUCGGAUUCACACUCGAAUCCAUCAUCAGAGACAGAGUCGGAUAGGAGUAGUAAAUUGCCCAGGUGUUGCAGUAUUUAUAGGAUGCAGUUGCUAGAUAGCCUCAUGCCGAUCACGGUUGGUGGCUCCCCAGUGCAUGACGGCCUAACUAGCCAGGUUUUGAAGUUCAGAUUGGAAAAGUUUAGAGAUCCGGGAAGAUUAUUAGAAGAAGAAAAUUGGCUCUCCGGAACAGGUUUAUUUAACUGCUGACGUUUCAAAGAGCUGGGUCGGCUCUUCAUUGUCAAUGCAGAUGCAUUUGCUAUGCGCUUGCGUGCCGGUCAAGAUUAUUGGCUCCCACGCUCAUCGCACGCAGUCGAGUUGCUGACUGCUGGAUUUCGUCAUCCGUGGGGUCUCUUGGGCAAUUUGGCUCUCCGGAAUUGACAAUAGGAGCAGUGGUCAUCCGCACGCUCUCCUCGCGGCGAACUACUUUGCCCUUACGCAACUGCGUUUGUGACUGGUGGGUCGUUGCUGUUGUACCUCAGUACUUGCUUCGUGUUUGUUGCUUUCCUGAAUACUUUGAUUUUUAAGCCAGCUGGUCGUUUUCCUCUUCCUCCGUCGUAAAUUAGAUGUCUGGGAAGAUGACGUUGAGGUGUUCUUUGAAUUCCAGCACCUGAUCCCGUUCAAUGACGACGAAGGUAUCAUCCACAUACCGACCCCAGAAUUUCAGUCGGAAAGCCAGUGCCUCCAACCGUUGUAGAACUGCCUCGGCUAAGCGUCCCGAAACCGACGAACCCAUUGGUGUGCCCUUCAUCUGCUCGUAGAUUGUUCCGCCGAACAUAAAGUACGUCUUGAAACAGAACUUCAGGAGUUGGAGGAUUUGGAUGUGUCCAAGGCGAUUCUCCGUUUCAUCGUAAUUGUCUUUUAGGAGUAGUUCGAUGGUCUCGACUGCUAGGUCCUGCGGAAUAGAAGUAAAAAAGGGACGUAACGUCAAAGGAUACCAUGAUGUUGCUUGGCAGGAGAUUUAUCCCUGACGAACUGACUGUAGUCUGGUUACGCUGCGCCUUCGACGUUUCAUCGUUCAGUCUUUUCUACAAGUAACGUGACAUUUCUGCGUCCUUGGUUUUGGUACUUACCCUCAUUCAGGGAGACCUUUUUAUUUCGAGUUUUCCGCUCGAAUGGAAGUCCAGAGCUCUUGAUCUUUACUUCUAACCCUUUUUGCCUGUGUUUGGGUGCUGACAGCUGACGAUCGUUUGGAUAAUAGGGCUGGUUUCGUCUGAUAUCUCUUCUUCUGUGCGACUUUAUGCCGUAGGCGCCCCCAAAAUUACCUGGUUCUGUUCCUAUGACUGAGUUGAAACCUUCGGGCUUGAUAAGCCGGCAGCGAAGGGAGGGCAGCUGUUAUGUCGACCCAGGUAUUCGAAUUCGGAGACCACUGACUACCGAUUCAUGUAUUUUCCAGUACUUGUCGGUAUCGUAACGCCGCAAAGAGGGUUCACGAGACUAGGUCCUACCAUUUAGCUCGUCGUGGCUUGAGAUUUGGUACGUUCCUUCUCUCCGUGACAACCUGUUGAAUCGCACAUGGGGGUGCCUGUAUACGUCUAGUACAAACACCAGCGUAUUGUGACUAUUAGAAAUUUUUAUGAAACAUCUGAGAAACAGGCAAAUUCUUAACAGCCGCCGAUCGCCAUCAAUGAAAUCGUCAACAUUAGUAGGCCUCUUUUUGGAAUAUUAACGCAACAAUUCCAUUGACAGACCAUUCUUCGCCGUACUUACUUUAACUCUGGAAGGGUAUGUUACAGGUUACUGCUUUUGUGCAUGGAAGAUUCAAUGGUUAGCAUUUCUUGCCUUUUGAGAAGCGCGAAGGAAUAAGACGCACUACCACAAAACCCACUUUGAUGAACUCUGUGUGGAUUGUAGUUUCUACAAGGGCUUCUCUAGUGUUCUUCCGUUGCAUCCCUUUUCCAUCUUUAUUGGGCAUCUAGUUGACCAGUAGUAGGGGCUACUGCCCUUAUUUUUUAUACUUCAGACACCAGAUUAUACUUUGGUGAUUUUUCUGCUGGUCUCGAAGACUCUUGAAGGCCUCCUCCUCAUCUCUUCUUUCCUCUUUCGCGCUCGCUUGCCCUAUUGACAUAAACUGGCCAGUCUAGACCCUCAAAAGAGGGGCGUGCACCUUCCUCCUAAAAUUUCUGGCCAAAAUCGAGAGGGUGUGCGAGGAGCCACCGCCGAUGCGCUCUUACUUGCGACUUCCGAUCGACUUCCAAUUGGAGGCUGGGAGUAAAAGCCUUGCCACUUGUCAGGAACCUUUUAUUGAAGCUAUCCUUGGGGAGCCAGCUAUUGUCUACAAACCCCGAACUGGAUUCGUCUGCUGUCGGGCCUUGCUCUCCUCCUUGCGAAUUCUUCGUCCACACCCGGUUCGGCGCAUCCGACCACAGGAGUCUCUACCCAGCGCUGGUGUUACCCCACCGUCACGCCUCUGCUCCCCAAACUUUAUACUGACUUCGAGGAAAGUAACAAAGCACUGUGCUGACGAACACGCCAGCACAGAGGCCGCCUACUUCCCUCGGGCGGAGCAUGUUUGCGUCUGCUCCCAGGGCCCGAUAGCCGGACCUAGACUUGGCUCGGGUCGGGAAAACGCUCCAAAUUGGGGCCAAGCUGGAACCAUCCUUUGGUGUAAUCUGCCGCAAACGGAAAUAGAACAUUCACGGCCACCAAAACAACUUUUGCCCUCUCCUCCACCUCCUCCGCUCCAGACGUACCUCGAUUCAUGGCAUUUCUGUCUAACUGAGCGUCCCAUUCCCAGACCGAGGACCCAUCUACUUGGUAAAUGCAACAGAAGUGCUGUAUGGGAAGCGGAAAGUAAAACCUAUUCCACCGACGAUAAGGGUUUGAUGCAUGAGACUGAUGCACCUGUUCGUGGGGUACCAAACGCCCGAGCCUGCAGAAGAAAUCCCUCCUGGUUGCAUACACAGGUAGAAUGGUUUCUCGCAGGAGUUGCCGUUCAUCUGUCCUGAACAUCGCUUUGUUUCCUCCUGCGCUGUUGACACAGUCUUUGCUUUUCACCUUUUGGAAGCGUUUGGUUGUUCGGCUUCGAAGUUUCCUGUUCUUUUUCAUAAGUCUUAUUAUUCAGUUUUGCGAGUUCUUGGUAGGUUUCCACCCUUUUGUUUUAUAAAGUCACUGUGCGGCUGCUGUCUGGGGUCGAGAGAGAGCCCGUCAGGCGCAACGGGACGAGUGAGAGUCCCUCUACCACUUUCCUUAUGUUUCUGAUGAAACAAAAACUGGUUCACAUCCGACGCAGAAAAUGGUGCUCAAAGCUGAAAUCAUGUCUCCUAAGACUAGCAACAUCUGCGUCAUGGGUCCUGGGGGCUCAUCAGAGCGAAACCUGCAUGAACUAAUAACAGAUACAAUAUUCGUCCCCGAUAUUUGUCAAAGUAUAAAACUUUAAAUACGGUUACGAGGCGGGUCAAAGCGCCAGUGACUGGGGACUAAAUGGUGGGUAGGCUGCAACUGUAAAAAAAGUCGGAACGAUGUUACUCACUAAAAAUACUGGACGACAGCCACGUGAAGGUACUUACCUUCUGUGAUCCGGUUACCACGUGCACAUGCGGUUUCCAAGAGGUAUUGGAGGCUGAUGUGCUGGUGUCAUGUUCCCUCCAAGGGGUCCGCGGACGCCCAAAUGACCACAGCGAUGAUCCUCGCUACGGCGUCAAUAGUUCCUACAGAGUCCUGCAAAAAAUCAAUGACGUCUACACGAGUAUCCACAAAUGCGUUUUCCUGGCUUGAUAGAGUAAAUACCAGAGGUGUUGACUUUUAAGUGUUCAUUUCAGUCAUACACUGUAAUCCUAUUGAUACUGCAGGUUUUUAGGCGCUAGUACUACGUAGACUUUAUAGCAAACUGCGGCAACUCCGAGACUCAUUGGUACCGAUAAGCCAAUUCCAUUGGGUCUUUGAGUACUGGAUCUGUGAAGGCUUACCUAAUAAACCGUCUUCUGUCACUAGUUAGGACGCAUUCUUUAACAAUGAAACAAGCCAUCGUUUACUAUAUAUCGUACGUGGAUUACUCUUAUGUGUUGGGACCACAGAAGCCGACUUCAUGAGACCUGUCCCAUGGAGCAUAUUCAGACUCGUUCGAAACGGUCACCUUGUUUUUGCCAUGCACACCGUUGACAGCGGCCAUCGGUUCAGAUAGGACGCCACCGAGUUUAGUGCACUGCCUCAGCGAACACACCGUCUGACCUUUAUGUCGAUGAGCGAUGCGAAGGCUUACACACACCUUGCCAGUCAUCUCUCCCUUUUUGUUGACCACUGAUAUACGGUGGCAUCACAUUUGAUAUAUUUCCGCAGCCUCCCCGCCUGUCCCACCCCAGGGAAUUUUGAACGCACGGUUCCCUUCUACUUUGUAUCUCUUUCCACCAAUCAACCAACACGAGCAUGCAACUCCGGUUUAGUGUGCUGUGGGGUUCACUUUCGAAUCCAUUAGCUACAACGACGGUAUUGUCCAAAAACAGACACAGAGAUAUCAAAAUUCGUCUACCCUAUUUUUUCCUUCCCGUUGUUAACGUCUAGAAACUUCACAAGUAGACUGGGGCCUUCCUAGCAGCGUAUUUCCCCUGUCUUAACCGUCUUAACCGGAAAAGAAUCGCAGACGUGCACUUGACACUGUCUCCAGGUGCAGAACAUCCUUCUUCCAAUUUCUGCUUAAUGGGCCGGGAGGCUGGUUCUGAACUUAGAGUUGACACCCUAGUGCGGUUGCUGUUAAUGUUUUUGUUUUUGUUUGAAAUUUUAUCUAACGUACACGUUAAUCUUUGUCGGGUUGUAGUCUUUUCUGUGCCAGCCUAGGUUUGCUCUACCACACUGACUUUCUUAUCUCUUCAGGUCAAGAAACAAUUAGCCCAGUGUACUUGUUGCAACCGCAUUCACCUCCAACGCUUAGACGAAGGACGUUACCAACUGGGCAAGCGCAUCUACUACAUGCGCCGAUUCCGCUCGCACAUAAUGGUCCGAGUAGGGGGCGGCUGGCUCACGCUGAAGGAAUUCUUGGACCGCUACGACCCCUGUCGCCAGAAGGAGGGCCAACUCAUCCAGACCAAGACUGGCACUGGGACGGCAGCGAUUGGUCAGGGUGAGGGCUUCCCCGCCGCUCCAACCAAGCUCACAGUUCCUGCGGCUGACUUGUUGGGUUCAUGGACCUCAUCCUCUGAGCUCCAGUGCUCGGAGAAGAGACCACCUCUCAGGCGAUCUCGAUCUCAACGCUCGAAAACGCCCGUGCCUUCUGGGCGGCCAAAAUUUUGA